GUCAAACCACCGCAGCAUGGCCUUGUGUCUUUCGGCUCCGGCACCGUCAGGUAUCCCUGCCAUCAAAACUCACGUAUAAACCCCUCCACUGCGACCGCAGACUGCGGGACACAGGGCGCAGUGGCCGGCGUAUGACAGCCGGCGUCACCGUGGUAAAUCUGCAGAGAUCCCCGCCAAAGACCACCUUUCCCGAGCUACUCUGAGCAUUUACCAUUGGCUUUAUUCUGCCCUGGAAAAGGGUGGGGUAUGGCCUACGAGCUCUAAAUUGGCACUCACUUGGUUUACACACAGCUGCUCACACUUCGUCCUAUCCAGCUGACGCCCCUGGCAUGUAGCGUUGCUGCAAGGCCAAACCGACCGGGCCUCAUUCCUGAAGUCAAAUCAUUGCAGUCGCAUGGCGUGGCACAAUCCAUCCCCCAGACUAAACACCACGAUUCAACACCAGUUUUAGCUCCAAAGACAGCUGCAUUACGCAUGUGGGGCGACUUGUCUCUGCUCGGAGCCCGGAGCAGUCUACCUCAGACCCAUAGGAUGGUUGUUUGGCACCGCGGCCACCUGACAUUAAAGGACAACUUUUGAUAUCUGUGGAAGCCAGAGCAAAACAGCCUAACCAUGAGGGACAGACUGAGCCACCUACAGGAAAUGUCCAACAGCCAUGUGGAGCCAGUGGAGUAUGCGGAGUCCACUAACUCCGACUCCUUCAGUAAUGUGGAGCUGGAGGAGCUGCCCCAUGAGGCAGUAGUGUUUGACAACAGCCCUGCUCUGUCGGAGGUCUUUUCCCAGUCGCAAGAUAUCCACAGAGAGAUCCAACUCAUCCGCCUGGAAAUUAAAAGGCUCCGUGAACACAACUCUCGCAUGGUCCGGGGCACCUCCACCAUGGGAACUAUUAAAAGGGACUCUAAUGCCAUUGGUGCAGAUAUAAAGGGUCGGGCUGAGGAUGUUCUACAACGUCUGCGGGACAUGGACGGCACAGCCCACAAACUAGAAGAAGCACAUGGCUCAAAUUCGGCCAUCACACGAAUCUCCAGAACCCAGUAUGCUUGCCUCAGCAAUGGUUUCCGCGAUGCCAUGUUUGACUAUAAUGAGGCUGAGAUGAGCCAUCGGGAGAACUGUAAAGCCCAGAUCCAAAGGCAAAUGGAGAUAGUGGGGCGUGAGGUGACAGGAGAGGAGGUGGAGGAGAUGAUUGAGACAGGUCAGUGGAACAUCUUUACUGACAACAUUGUGACUGAAGGUAAAACAGCCCGAUCAGCUCUGUCCCAGAUUGAGAAACGUCACCAGGAGUUGGUGGACCUGGAGACCCGUAUCGAGAGCAUCCACGAGAUUUUCCUGGACAUUGCCCUGCUGGUGGAGGAGCAGGGCCCCAUGCUGACCUCCAUCCAAACUAACGUUCAGAAAACUGAUGAAUGCAUACAGGAUGCCCUCGUUAAACUCGGCAGGGCCAAGCGUCAUGACAGGAACAACCCAUUUAAAAAGAUGUUUUGCAGCUGUUUCCCAUGCGUCGACUAGUGACUGUACAGUACAGAGAUGGGUAGAGCGAUGGGAAAAUAUGCAAAGUGCUGUCCGUACAAAGAGGGAAAUCCUAAGGAAAUGCAACGUGUUCUGUAAUUGUCAUUAGUUCACUGUUCUUAUUGUCACUAGGUAUUUGUCAACAUGGGCUGUAGAGUUAUGGCAUAAUAACAUUAUUCCAGGAAGUAAAAUAAAGGUUUGAAAUAAAGGUUAAAUCUAUUGUGUCUAGAUUGAGAGACAAUAAUGCUCAGGUAAAAUAUUUUAAAUGUGUAUAUAUAAGCAAUCCAUUGAUGUCUGUAAUGUUUGUAUGAAUGGUUUGAGAAAGGUAUCUCAAAUCAGAAUUGAUUCACCAUGACUGAGUUGUGAAGCCGACCCAAAACAAAUAGUAUUUGAAAAUAUUUUUCAUGUUUUUAUCACCUGCUGAGUUUCCAUGUUGGAGGGAUUUACCCAAAAUAACACAGUGCAAUGACUUUCAGAAAAAUCUUCAUACAAUUGUGUACUGGGCGUCCUACCUGACACAAUGUUUCCCAAUGUAGUAAACUGCCAUCAUAGUAAAACCCAAAGAAAUGUUAUAAUAUGCAAGUCCAAUCAUCCAUAAAUCUUCAAUCAAUUAUUCUCUAGUGUCUGACCCACAUUACUCAGGUCAAAUAGUUGGUCACUACAUGUCACUCCACUGGUAAAUGGAUUUCAUAGUUGACAUAAAGCUGAAAGAAAAUGUUUUAGAGGCUGUAAAGUUAGGUUGGUCUUGAUUUAUAUCGUAAAUAUUUUCUGCAUUACUAUAAAUAUAAAUUAUGAAAUUCUUGGGUUGAUAGUAACUAGCCAUUUUGUCCUCUAUUAUUUUCUCAUAUUUACUAUCUAUUUUGAGGACACCAGUAACUGACAGCAUUUUGAAUAGGAUUGAUUGUUAGUCUUGAUAUUAUGUAGGGAUCACACUGUUUGUGUUUUGAUGUACUUAAUCUGUUACUUUCACUGCCAAUUUAUGACUUCAUGUAUCAUAUCUUAUUUUUGUCUUUAUUCUUGUGGUGUCUUGCAUAUAACAUAACUAACUGUAUUAAAAUAUAGCAUGAAUGUGGGUUUAUGCCUGUUGAAAUCUACAUCAACACAUGAAAAUAAAGACCUAUUUAGACUUAGUAUUUGGUAUACAUUCAUGCAUUUUCUUAAUUUAAGUUCUCACUCAGAUACACAGUCACACCAGGGGCACUGCUAACAAUUUCGGGUCCCCUGACCUCAGUAACAACUAUGAUAAUAUCUGUAAUCCAUGGUAUGUUGUAGGUUCUUUGUCCAACUUUUGAACUCCUGAAUCAUUCAGGUUGCCCUUACCUCAAUAACACCCUUGACACAAACAUCCACACACACAGGUGUCAUCACUCUAUAUAAAUAUGGCAGCUGGUUCAUUAAGCCAAUGGUGCAUUGUCAACUAGUUUAAUUCCUCAGAUUUCCUCAAUAACUUUCUCAUGAACACUGGUUCCAGAUACCUAAUUUGGGAGGAAUGUCAUCUUACUUAAUCUACCCAGACUAUUACUUCCAGAAAUGAACAGAAACCGAUUUCAGAAAAGAAAAAAAAAAAGCAUCUUCCUUCGAGGAAGUACUGAGAGUUACUGAGGGAAAGCUCUUAUCUGUCACCUGGGAGGGGAAGGCAGUCACUCCCACGCUGAGCACCCAGCAGCCAGCCAGCUUCCUUCAUCAGUAAUAAAAAUGAUGCUUUCCAAAGCGCAUUGGACCAAACAUAUCGGUGUAAGAAACACUGAAGGGAUGCCGUUCUGAUAUUGUGGGAGCCAAUCACAACAGAAAAUAAGGUCUUCCUUGUUCCUGGUUUAAAUGACGAAAUUCCACUGAGCUGCUGAGCUGUGACUGCUGUCAUUGUUUUUCAGCAAAGAAAGAAAACCCACUGCAGGUAAAA